AGGACGCGGUGGUGAGCGCAGCCCGGGAUGUGAGGUGCCCAUCAUAAGCUCCAGAGAGUCACCCUCCACGGAGCCCAGCAGAGGAGCAGGAGAAUAUGAAAUCCAACCCUGCCAUCCAAGCUGCCAUCGACCUCACGGCUGGGGCCGCAGGGGGCACAGCAUGUGUCCUGACCGGACAGCCCUUCGACACCAUGAAGGUGAAGAUGCAGACGUUCCCCAACCUGUACCGGGGCCUCGCCGACUGCUGCCUCAAGACCUACUCCCAAACGGGCUUCUGGGGCUUCUACAAGGGCACCAGCCCCGCGCUCAUCGCCAACAUCGCCGAGAACUCUGUCCUCUUCAUGUGCUACGGCUUCUGCCAGCAGGUGGUGCGGAAAGUGGCUGGGCUGGACCGGCAGGCGAAGCUGAG